GGAUGUAAAUUAAUCGAACCUUUUCUCUGCCUUGACCUGUCAUAUUUGAAAUUCCAGCCGAUCAUCGCAAGCCAAGCAUCGACCGACAAGAACUCGGAUAUUUUUGCUUGCUUUUUUGACUUUUGCCCUGCUUUGCAUGUACCCCAAGGUAAAUCCUCCGAUUUACCGUCCGUCCGUUCGUCAACAACCGACCUAAGCGACCUGAAUAAAUCCUUCCGAGACGUCAGAAGAUAGAUCCAGAUCUUAGAAACGAGGAAAAGUCAACCGAGUUGUACAGUCCAGCAACACUUCUGCAAGCAGAAAAAGAAAAAAAAACAACCCUUGUCCAACAAACCCCGUCUUCAACCAAUUGGUUGGCAACGUACUGUACAACCCGCCCCCCAAUCCCAACAUGAUGGAGCAGGAUCCAAAUUCGGAGCCGGUGGUGGUGAUUCACGAGCACCCUCCCUCAACCUGGACCUCCUCCACUACUGGGAUACUCCCCCGCCUCCAAUCCCACCUCCCCUACUCCAUCCCCCUCCUGCGUCGGAUCCAGCACCACCUCGCCCAUCCCACCUCCACCGCCACCGUCUUAGCUACCUUUCCUGCAGUGCACCAGCAUGAGACACCACGCUCCACCGCAGCAGCCGCACCAAAAGAAGAACCCUGGCUAACAGCCUACAUCGACCUGCACGCCGGCCGCGAAACCCAAGUGGUAAUCUACAGCAGCGCGGAAGCGGACUCCUCAGUCGACGUUUCUCUACCCAGCAGCGCCACCAACGCCCCCGGGCCAACGAGCACCGGUACCGGUUCCCCGCUCUCCCUCUCCCUCUUGUCUUCACAGCACUCCCAGACAAUCCGGCGCCAACUCCUCGCCCUAUUCCAAUAUAUCAAAACCCACCUGCUCCCGGAGUACACCGCCCAUCUCGCGGCCGCGGAACCCGUGACAGCAACAGCAACAGCAACAGAUCACCAGCUCCCCCCACCCCCACCGCAGGCCUUUCUCAUCGGGAAUCUGCAUACGGGGCUGUUGGCGGUGCUUUUUGCGGGGCAGACCCAGACCGAAAAGGAUGAGCAUGCGCUGGCAGCAGCGUAUACUUCAGGCUUGGGAUCGGUGUCGUUCGUCCCGGGGCUGAAGGUGCAUCGCUACGAUCACGCCCCGUACGUUAAGUAUCUGUUUGGAAGGGAGGUGGUUUGUCCCCGGGAUGGUAGUGCUACUGCUGAACCGGCUAAGGAUGGCUUCCGCUUCCACACCCGGGAUGGCCGGCAGGGCGUCCAACGCCAACAUUUCGCCCUCGUGCGGAGCCGCACGGUGAUUCCGCGGUCGGAUGCGACGUUGGCCAUGUUGCCGGGGGCGGCGGUUUAUGCGCAGACUUCCGGAACGGUUGAUGGAGGGGAGGAGGAGGAGACAGAAAAUCCCGUGGCGUGGGCGUUUCUCGGGCCCGAUGGGUCGCUGGCGACGUUGCAUGUUGAGGCGGAGUAUCGGGGGCAGGGGCUGGCGGGGAGGGUGGCGCGCGAGGCGAUGAGACGGGGGAUGGUGGAGGAUGGGCGGUGGUGGAACGGGGAAGGGGAGGGGGAGGAGGACACGACUGAGGAUGGGAUGCUGGUGCAUACGAAUGUGGCGAUGGGGAAUGGGGCGAGUCGCCGGGUGAUGGAGAAGCUGGGGGGGAGGGUUGGCUGGACGGUUACGUGGACGGUCGUGGAGGUGCUACAGUAGGUAGUAGUUAUAGAGUCUGUAUAAAAACUCUGUAUAAGGCGGGCAUGUAUAGCGCCGCUUCAUAUUAUAUCUAUACCAAACUACCUCCGAUAUUAUACCUCAGUUGAUCCCGGCCGUCUCUCGCCGUUGCCAGGCCAUCUCGUCUCCCCUGGCGAG